AUGGAAGAACCACCAGAAUUCACGACGUUCCAUGAAACUUAUAAAUUGAUAACGUUCGCAUUGAGCGUCGGUAUGAUAUACCCGAAUCCUAAAACUGAGAUGUGGCGGUUGGCUAGCAUUCCAUUUUUAAUAGCGACAAUAACUCCACUGGCUACGAUGAUUUUCAUAGACAUGUAUAAAUGCUGGAUGGCUAAAGACAUUGUGAACAUUAUCCGACAUAGUACUGUUGUUGGACCCUUUCUCGGCGGAUUUUUUAAGAUGAUACUAAUGUACCACAAACGAAUCCAAGCAAAACAGAUCUUAGACGAAAUAGACAGAGAUUACGAAAACAUAAACAACUACUCGGAAAUAUACAAAGAUAUAGCGCGGGCCAGCGUCAAGAACUGUCAAAUAUACAGCGAGCGGGGAUGGGCUAUAACCGUGGUUACUUGCGUGAUGACAUUUCCAGUAAUGGCUAUAUCGUUGAACGUUUACAAUUUCGUGUUUAAAUCUGAGCCUGUCAAGUAUAUGAUACACGAUCUGGAGAAGCCUUUUUCUGAAGACCCUGAGGAUCGAUUUGAGUCGCCGUAUUUUGAGAUAAUAUUCGUCUACAUGUUCUACUGUUCUAUCCUCUAUGUCGUAAACUUUACUGGGUACGACGGUUUCUUCGGGUUGGCCAUCAACCAUGCGUGUCUGAAGAUGGACCUGUACUGCAAGGCGUUGGAGGAGGCCUUCAAAGCUGAUGCUCAUGAGGUCUGCGGCCGAGUUAUAGGAGUUAUCAAGGAGCAGUGUCGUAUGUUUCAAUUCGUGGAUCUAAUUCAGGAUACCUUCAACAUUUGGCUGGGCAUCAUAUUCCUGGCGACUAUGAUACAAAUAUGUACCUGCUUGUAUCACAUAACUGAGGGUUACGGGUUCGACCUUCGAUACAUGAUAUUUGUGACUGGCGCCGUGAUUCACAUAUACCUGCCUUGUCGCUAUGCAGCUAAACUGAAGGCCAUGUCAUUGGAAACAGCGAAUCGCUUCUACAGCAGCGGAUGGGAACAAGUCGACGACCAGAGAGUUAGGAAGAUGAUAUUGUUUAUGGUUGCGCGUGCGCAAGUACCCAACGAGAUUGUCGCGUUAAAUAUGUUGGCGUUUAAUAUGGAAUUGUUUGUUUCGAUAUUGCAAACUUCAUAUUCUAUGUUUACUCUUUUGAGAUCUUAA